AUGCCGGCGUGGGUUCCUGAGUCCACCUUCACCGUCUCAAUCCUACUGUUACUCUGUUCUAUUGUUCAAUCAGCGACGGGAGGUUAUGAUGGGUCAAUGCUCAAUGGUCUUAAUAUCUUACCAUCAUACAAAGACUAUUUCAACCUAAAUGAAGCAACAACUGGACUCAAUACUGCAUCUGUGUCCAUUGGUGGUCUCUUAGGGCCUCUGGUAUCAGGCGUUCUCGCUGAUCGGUUGGGCCGUCGUCCAGCAAUUUUCUGGGGAUCGAGCCUGACCAUUGUUGGCAUUAUCAUUCAGACCGCUUCACAGAACAUUGCCAUGUUUGUCGUUGCCAGGGCAAUUCUUGGAUUUGGAAGUGCAAUUUCCGGGAUUGCCGGAGGAGUUUAUCUCUCAGAAGCCUUCCCUAGCCGGUGGCGUGCAUGGGGAGUCGGGCUCCUGAAUGAUUUUUACUAUGUUGGCGCGCUCAUUGCUGCCGGUGUGACCCUCGGAACGGGACAGUGGCAAUCAACCUGGGCCUGGAGAGCCCCGUCGCUAUUCCAGGCAGUUUUCUCGUUGCUCUGCAUCCUAACUUUACCUUUCAUUCCUGAAUCGCCACGCUGGCUCGCUCACCAGGGGUACUAUGAAGAGGCCCGGCUUUCGGUUGCACAAACAAACUCCCAUGGGAACCUCUCCGAUCCAGUAGUUCUCACUAUCUUUAAAGAGAUCGUGGAUACCCUGAAGUGGGAAAAAGAAAAUUGGCAUUCUAUGAGCCCCAUUGAAAUUUUCAAGAAGCCUGUAGCCCGAAAGCGCCUCCUUGUUGGAAUGUCGGCGGGACCAUUUUCCUGCAUUGCCGGCAACAUCAUUGCAUCCUAUUACUUUGGCUUGGAACUUGACACGGCAGGUAUUACAGACAAAAACGAGCAACUGAAAGCAAACGUGGUUCUCAAUGUUUGGUGUCUUGUAUGCUGUCUCGUCGGAACGCAUCUCGCAGCCAAAUGGGGUCGUAAGCCAACCGCAAUGCUUUCCCAAGCUCUUUUGAGCGCUUGCCUAUUUAUCAUUGGUGGCCUCUCUAAGAUCUAUGCCUCGAACCCAAAGAGCGCGUCCAACGCACUUGUUUACGGGAACGUGGCGGUUAUAUUUUUGUUCCAAGGCUUUUAUUCGAUCGGAUGGACAACACUUCUUUAUCUUUAUCCAUCGGAGAUCAUGAACUACUCUAUUCGCGCUAAUGGAGUCGCGUUCUCAUCUUUUGUACUAAAUGCAUUUGCCCUGGUUUUUACUUUUAUCAUGCCGAUUGGUCUAGGGAAUAUUGGAUGGAAAAUGUACAUCAUCAACGCAUCCUGGGACAUUAUAAUCCUAGGGCUCAUUGCUUAUUACUGGGUAGAGACCAAGGGCAAGACUCUGGAAGAGAUCGAUGCGUUGUUUGAAGGCGAGAAGCAUUCCACGGUUCCGGAUGUUGAGAAAAUUGAGAAAGGCCAGAAACAGAUCGACGUCGUUGCUAUUGCGGAGGAGUUGAAUGCUGAACUAGGUCCGUCGAGCGCCAAAGCGUCGGGAAUUCACAUCGCCCCUUGA